AUGUUUAGUUUUGGAGGUCAUGGAGGAGGAGAAGAACAAGGGGGGGAGUUAUUACGCUAUUAUCGUUUUAAUUUUCAUCAAUCCGAAUGGACACCCUUACAAAAGAAAGAGAUGACACCCGUCGAACGAUUUUGGCAUACCACAGUUCAAUUGGACGGGACCCUCUACCUUUACGGUGGAUCCAAUCGGACGACGGGGUUUAGUGAUAUUUGGAAGUAUCGUGGAGAUUUGGAUCGUUGGACUGAAAUUCAACAAGCGCAUCCUCAGUCAAGAUGUGGACAUACAUCCACCAUCACAACUGAUGGCAAGAUGAUUGUGUUGGGAGGCUUCGAUUGUUCCAUCACCUCUUUUUCAUCACCCAAAGAUAAAUUGUUGUAUCCACUUUCAAGUGCAUCUAUUUUCAAUACGGUGACGACACAAUGGUACGAUCAACCUUUGAUUGGAUCCAUUCCAAGUGAUCGAACCUUUCAUACAGCAGUAAAAAGUAAUGUUAGUGAGAUCGUCAUUUGUGGCGGUCAGGAUGCCCGUGUAGAGCCCUUUCAGACGUAUAUUUCAGGUAAACAAAUGUCUGCAGUACUCGAUAUCAAUGAAUGGAAAUGGACACGUGUUCCAAUGUCUCAUUACCAACCUCCACCGACUUCCUUUUCUAUCGCGACGAUUGUCAAUCAUACGAAUAUGGUAUAUGGACUUGGUCUAAAUAGUCACUCUGCCAAGGAUGGAAUUUAUGUACUGGAUACAUUAACACAGGAAUGGAUCCCACCAACAAGGAUCGGAAAGGGAGACCUAAAACCGACGAGGGUUCCCACAAGCGCCAUUCUAUUUCUUGUUUUAUUGGCGGUGAUUCUCUCUCUUAUAUUAUCCAUUUUUUGGAUCUUGAGAAAGUACAAGGUCCAUGUCUUUCAAAGUCUAAAGAAGAGUGUAUGGAACCCAAGAGCGGGAGAACCUUUAUGGGCAGAGAUGAGUCGUUUCAUCUUUCGAUCUUUUUUCUUUGCCGUAUUUAUGAUGAUGAGUGUCAUCUUGUUAGUACAAGUUCAAGAUAGCCCAAUGAUUGAUCAAGUGCAUCGUGAUGAACAUACCACUGUUUUGGCACCGCAUCUUCGAUUUUGCUUUGACGGUUGGAAAUCCGUCGUGUUACAAUGUACCACCAAUUUUGGAGGCUCUUGCAACGAACAUCUUGAGGACAUGACACCCCAGGUUCAGGGCAAUCUAAAUUAUUACGGUUAUGCAUUGACUUGUUAUUUGUUUAAAGCGGAUACGUUGCUCUUGGGACCAGAUCGAUGGACAAGUCAAGGCACGUCCCUUCAGUUUUAUUAUUACGGAGAGACCCUGAAUCAAUCCAUCGUGCAUGUUGAAUCCUAUCCUCCUUUACAUGAUCCCAACCUGCCUGUGUAUGGACUCUCGGGAGAAUUUGACGGUUGGUACACAGCAGAUGAGAAUGCUAAAUUUCAAGCUUCUGAACAAGGGAAUCUAAAGACCCAAAACGUGUUUCAUCUGGAGAGUACAAGGGCAAGUCAGAUUGGGUAUCGAUAUGGACGUCGAGAGAAGAUGGAUCGUUCGUUAUGGAAUUUGAUCGGGUUUGGGACACGACGUGAGAUGGUGCAUGAUAUAGAAACAGUACAGUAUCAGACAACCACCAUGGAUGUAACAUGGGUGGAGGAGGAGGAAGGAUCUUUACCUCUUGUAGGAUCAUUACAUGUGUUUCCUACCAGUUAUCAUACGAAGGUGAUGCGAGAACAACGAGCAUUUACAGUGAUUGGUGGGAUGGGUAUGAUUGGAGGUAUCUUUGGUUUGAUGAUUGGAUUUCAAGCCAGUGUCUUUGGUUAUCGACCACGAUCACCUUGGGGUAUUGUGCAUCGUUGGACUGUGGGUUGGAUGAGAAAAUCGUUAUUGGAUGGUUUACGAGCUAGGUUUUCAAAGAAGGAUCUACAUAUUCCUAUUGUGCAUCCGAUUCAUCAUGGGAAAGAAGAAGAACAUCGCAUGGCUAAAUUAGAGGAAAGAUUGCAUGUGUUUGAGUUUUUAUUUCAAGCGUAUUAUAUUGACGAUGAAGUCUUUCGAUCCUUGGGCAACAGCAGUAGUGGCAACGGCAGCAACGGCAACGGCAGCGGCGGAGGCGGCGGCGGCGGUGGCGAAGGGGUUUAA